AUGUCUUCAAAAUAUAUCGCAAAUCAUGAGACUCCGAACGGACCUGGGGAUGCGCGCCCGACUGCAUCUCAAAUCAUCGAUGACUAUGAACUUGAAAGAAAAUUACCUGGAAAGGUCGCUCUGAUCACUGGUUGUUCCUCUGGCAUAGGCGUUGAAACCGCAAGUGCAAUUUACCGCACCGGCGCGACACUCUAUGUCACUGCUCGGAACAUUAGCAAGGCCCGGACUGCUCUUGGUACUCUAGCAGGAAGUCCUCGUGUGCAAUUCCUGCAUCUAGACCUGGGCUCGCUGGACUCGGUGCGUGCUUGUGCAGACAGCUUCAGAGCUCAGAGCACGACCUUGAAUAUCUUGGUUGAAAAUGCGGGCGUGAUGGCUUGUCCCGAGGGGAAAACGACUGAUGGAUUUGAGACUCAACUCGGCACAAAUCAUCUAGGUCACUUCCUUCUCUUCUAUCUCCUGAAAGACCUAUUGCUUCAGUCUUCCACGCCAACUUUCAACUCUCGAGUCGUCAUCCUAUCAUCCUGCGCCCACCAAGCUGGUUCUGUUCAUUUCGACAAUUUGUCUUUGAAAGGUGAAUAUGAGCCGUGGAAAGCUUACGGUCAGAGUAAAACCGCCAAUCUUUGGACGGCUCGAGAAAUUGAAAAACGAUUCGGGGCCCAAGGACUGCAUGCAUGGGCCGUUCACCCCGGCAGCAUUGCUACUGAGCUGCAGCGUCAUGUUUCAGAGGAAGUCCAGAAAGGGUGGAGCGAGGAUAAGACGAUGGCGAAAAUUUGGAAGAACAUUGCACAGGGUGCUGCUACGACUGUUCUUGCUGCUGUUGCACCAGAUCUCGAAGGCAAAGGGGGCCUGUACCUGGAGGACACGCAACUGGCAAAGCCUCAAACCAUAGGCAAUGCAGGUUAUGCAGAAUGGGCAUAUGAUGAGCAAGGUCCAGAGAAACUGUGGGCAAAGAGUCUCGAGCUUUUGGAAUUGGUAUAG